ACGUGGGGCAGCGGAGAAGAGCCUGUCAUGGCGGCGCGCAGCGCUGCAUCUCGUGGCCUGUUCCAGGAAGCGGUGCGGGCGGUGCUGGGGAGCUGGCCGGUGCUGCAGAUCGCUGUAGAGAAUUGCUUCGGGGGUCCUUACGUCCAGGAGAAGGCAGAAUGGAUGGUGGGAGCUGUGGAUCAGUAUUUCCAUACUAACUCUGAUUUGGAUCAAUAUGAGGUAGAAGAGACCCUACAGGCAAUAUUGAAUGAUGAGUUUGAUACAGUCGUGGAGGAUGGGAGUUUACCUCUUAUCGCCCAGCUGCUGUGCUCCUUGUAUUCUCAGUGUCAGCGCGGAGACACGGCUGCAGUGCAGCAGAAGAUCGCAGAGCUGUCUCAGAAAAAGUACAACGUGAAAGCCAAUGUUCAGGAGGUGAAACCCCCGGAGGACGAGGAGGAAAGCAGUGAUGAUGAUGAAGAAGAGGCAAUGGACUGUGAGACGAGCACCAAUUCAUCAUCCGCUGUACCAAACGCUUCCAGCACACCUAGCACAUCAGAGGCCGGCGGACACAGCAGGGGUCCUCAGGAGCUAGAACAAGAGCCUGACGGAUGGACUGUAGUGCGGAGAAAAAAGAAGUGACCUUUGCAGACUUGAGCCGGAGCUUCCUAUAAAGCACCACUAGGUGGCAAUGUUGCACCUGGUUCAGAAGACUGGCCAUUGUAUAUACUCAGUUACUGUUACCGGGAGCUCUCGGACUC